AAGGAGAAGGUCCCAGAAGAGGAAAAUACAAACCUCACACACAGUCACACAUUCACACGUCUGCUCCCCUCUCACACUGGCAGUGGAUUACUUUUCAGGUUGAACGACUCUUCCAGCACACACGGCGGGUAUGAUCAGGUGGCAGCCUGCCGGAGAGGUGCUGAAGUGUGAGAUGUGCCAUGGAAGGAUGCAGGAGGCCAGUCACUAGCCAAGCCAGCAGCCAGGGGAGCCUGGUGGGGUCCUGCAGCAUGCAGCUGGGCCCUCACUAGCUGAGUGGACGCUCUCCUCUUCACCUACGGUCAGGGCUGCAGAAUGCUCAGUCCUGUCACUCCUUACAGUUUGUUGAAGAUGCACUGGUCUCCGGAACACGCCACCCCCUUAUCUCAGUGGCCUGAGCAGCACCUAGACGUCACCUCCACCACCUCACCCCCUUCAGCCCACAAACACGAUCCCUACGCUACGGCUGCUCGCCGCAGCUAUGCCCCUGCUGGUUACCCUUGGGCCAGUGAUGACAUAUCAGCCCUGACUGCUUCCUCGCUGCUCAAACGCUAUGCUGAAAAGUACUCUGGCUUGGAGCUGUCCUAUGAACGCCCUACUUCAGGGGCAUACUCAGAGACUGGAACUUUCUUAAAAACUGAACCUGAGCCUUGGACUCUGGGUCAGGGUAUGGAGUGUUAUCCUGGACUGGAGGCAUUAACUGGCACCAAAGUGGGCUCUGCAUCAGUGGGCAUACCAGCUACAGGAAGUGUAACAGUCGUAAGUAACUUGGCAUCUGACGCAGGCUACAGCGGUGCUGGUUCCUGCACUACCCCAUCAUCUCAGGAAUACCCUCCUGCCUAUAACAGCACAUACCUGUCCUCAGCAUACUGCCCUCAGCCCAGCGCAGCACUUCCUCCUGCCCCUCUGCACUCUUUGCAGGCCGGACCCACUUUAGUGCCCAGCUACAGCCCCAGCACUCCUGUCUACAACUACCCUCCUGGCUGCUACACACAUACCCAAACUAGCCUGUCUUCUGGGUACAGCCAUCCCAGUGCCUCCUACCUGCCCUCUGCGAUCAGUGCUCCUACUCCUCUGGCUCCUAGACCCACUAUGGUGGGGAGCAGCUACAGCUACUCUUCCCAUAGCCUUGGAGCAAGCUCUGAAUCAGCUGUGCCACUGAAACGCAAAGCAUUUGAGAUGGCAGAAGAAGGACAGGAAGGAGCCGAGGUUGAAGGUUCACGCUACAGGAAGUACGGCAAUGGCCAUGGAAACAGUCAUAGCAAAGGCAAUGGUCAUGGCAACGGCUAUGAUAUGAGUAGCUCAGCAUCAGAACCACAGGCCUACAAACACGGAAAGCCUCUAAUGUCACCCCCUUAUGGUGGGGAAGAAGAAUACAGCCCGCCGUCAGGCCUAGCAGGAGAGAGUGUACCAGCGGAGCACAACUUUCCUCAGCAGCAAAGAAUGUCAAUGAAGAUACCAGCGACGCACACACGAUCUGAGGACUCCACUGGAGGGCGCUGACAGACACGAUCAGCAUGUGACGAUCCAACAAGGCGUCUGAAUCCAGAUCAACUCAAGAGGAAUGACAUUGAAUUCAAUAAUUCCACUUGCAAACACAAGGGCACAAGACUUGCACUGCUUGUGCAACUUUGAUGUUUUCCUUACAUUUUUCCAAAGAGUCACAGGGAAUAUUGUCCUGCAGUGUUGUGGUAAAUCUUAUGGGUGGGGUUUAGGCAUUCUUCACAUGGAUGGCAUUAAAUGUGAGUGUCUGUUUCUCUCAGGAUCCUAUUUAUUUCCUUUCUGCUACUGUGACAGCAACACUGCAAGGUUGCCACUUUCGAAGUUGAUGUAAUUAUUUGUGGCCAUUAUGUAUGAAACAGGCCUUUGACUGUAAUACCUUCUACUACUCUACAAAAGAAUCAUUACUGACCAAAAAAUGAGAAGAGCAAUAACUAUAAUGGUAAGAUUGCCGUACUACUUCAGCACAAUCACUGCAACUUUACACGUCUGAUGUUGAGGCUUGGUGUGCCACUGGGCUUUGAUAAAUGAAUGUUUUCCUGUUUGUCCUUUCACUUUACCCUUACCCCUACUUUUUUCAAUUUCUUUACCUUCUUUUUUCAUUGUAUUUCCAUCCUGCAAAUGCAGUCCUUGACAUUAAUUAUUGUCCAGUCUGUACUUAGCACUCUGCUUAUCAAAUGAAUCUGCCCUAGGUAUUUUCUAAAAUGUGCUGAGGAAUAGGCUAGAUUUCGUGUUCAUUAAAAAAUUAUCUAGUAGGUGUACACAUCUCUCUCAUAAAAUGAUACAAUACAUAACAAAAUGCAUAGUCUACAUUACAAUUCAAGAAUGAUACUUUUUAUGAGGGAAUGACUAGAUUUGAUGUGAUUUGAUUCGGUGCGAUAUGAUGCAAUCCGAUACAAAUCUUUUUUUAAUGUAGACAUUCAGAUUCAGUGAUACAUUAGAAUAAACCAAAAGUGGCAUUACUUACUUUCAAAUACAGAUUUCAUGAAGAACCAGGGAUCUUCUUCAGGUUUUUACUGCUGUCAUUAUUGCCGUCUUUGCUCACCUUUUGUUCACAGUGGGGGGCAGCACCGCAUGCAGUAGCAGAACGCACAGCAUAGAAGUCCAGAAGAAGAAACCAGUUGCAUAGCAUAGCAUAGCGUAAAUAGUGUGGCAUAACUUUCCCGUUCUGAACGGGAAUGGCAGUAUUGAUAAACUGUGAACUGAACAUAAAAUACAAACAUGUACAUUUAUCCACAAUACCACCUACCGCUAUUGGACACGUUGAUUGUGUUUUUUCUUCAUUAAGAUAAUGUUCUUGUGACUAGUCUCAUGCCAACCUUUGAACCUUUAUGAGACUUUGAAGAUGUAGAAGUAGCAGUAAAACAAGCUUAAUUUGGCCAAUUCAUAACAUUAAAAUAGAGCUAUCACCCGGUUCGUAGUACAUUUAGAUUGAUUCAGGGGUCCUUUUCCCAUUUGUAUCGAUUAACCGUUGGACCCCUAGUGAUCUAGUAAUCAUCAAAUGACAGAACAUGUCCACAUUUACUUCAAUACAUGUUUACAUGCUGUGACUGUUCAAUGAAACAUCUGCAAAGCAUAAAAAGUUUGCAAGGGUCCCUUAAAAUUUUUGGCUGUUGUUAAAGCUAACUGAACAGAUCAUUUAAAGGAAUGUGAGCCUUUUGGCAAUCUCUGUUUAGAUGCACGCAGUAAUGCUGCUAGAAAUUUAGGACCCUAUGUCAGAAUAUAAUCUUGGUUCCCCCUCAGUCUGGACACUUGCAUUGCUCUAUGGAGAAAACCACAAAACCAAAGCUUUUCGAAGCCCUCCCCACAUAAGGGAGCUGUGAAGAGAUAACCUCCCCCAACUAUAAUGGAUGCACAGCUAGGACGAGCCUGCAGGUUGAUGGAUAUGUGCUUCUGUGUGAGUGUCUCAACAUUAAAUUCUGGUCUGCCCAUGUUUGCCUGCUAGAAUUUACUUUUUAAAUAUGCAUUGUCUGUCUUUUAGCCUUUCAAACAAACAAAUUAUAGUUGUGUUAUUGAAUACUCAGGAAGAUCACUGUUACCUCAAAAUGGUAAGAAUAAGAAUGUAUGUUAUUACCUUAGGGUGUUUAAGAGCUUUAUGGAGCCGGAUAAUAACAGAACUGUGGCUUUUUUUAAAGAACAAAUCAUACUCUGAACAUUUCAGGGAAUUAAUGAAUUUGCAGGUCUUUCAGAAAACACCCACACACACGUGCACAUGCAUGCACACGUGCACAUGCAUGCACACGUGCGCGAGUACACACACAUACACGCACACACACCUACAGUAUAUGAUUCACACUGCUUCUUAGCUUUGUCGAAAUUACACUCGAGGUUUUGUACAAAGGCCUGAAAUGUUGAAUGUAAUUCAGAUAUUUUUUUAAAACGGACAGUACAUGCCAUAAUGCACAUCAGUAAUGUUUUUAGAUAUAUGAAACAUAUUUUCUUCAUGUAUAGAUGUAAUUCUCAUAGGUUUUGGUGGAGAAAUUGACAUUUUAUGUGUUAGUGUAGAUAGCUGUGGGGGAAACAGGUUUGAGGACAAGAUCUCAACAACAAAAAAGCACUCGUGAUGAAAAACAUUUGGAAAAUAAUAGCAUACAGCAUAUGCUCUAUAAUAGGUGUGCUUAUUAAAUGUCUUAACUUUGUUUUAUUGCAUCCUUACCAGGUUUCUCCUGCCAGACUCAACAGUGUGUAUUGGUGUUCCAUUUCCCUUCUUUGUAUUUCACCUCACUGAACAGUUUUGCUGAUUAAUCAGCUUGAUAAAAUCUCUGUACUCACAAAGAAGGGAGAUGUUAAUUGUGACAAAUAUUUGUUGAAAAUUAUGUGCACUGUUAGGAAAUCACUUUUCUGGAUAGGUUUCACAUUACCUCAUGUGAAUUUAAAGCUAACUUUGUUGCUCUACUAUGCUAUCCCUUCAUGAAUUGUAUAGUUUUAACAAAAAGAUGAAUUUGGGGGUUAUAGCCAUUGGUGGGCACAGCUAGCCUUAAUGUUAGCUUUGAUAACCACUAUUCAUAUAAAAAAUGUAACUGUGAUACCGCUAAAAUGAUAAACCAUAAAAACAUUACGCUGAAGGCACUGCUACCACUCUGAUGCCCUGAAAAAUAGACCUAAAGAGUUAAAAAAAAAAAAAAAAAAUUAUAUGUUGUGGUGUAAAGGUGGAGAGUCCCAAAAAGGUUUUGCAUACCAGAAAAAAAAAAUGUUAGCUGACUUAAAGUUAGUGGAACAAAAUUUAGUGGAAGCUAAUAUUAUUCAAAAUUAGCUAAUCUGCUAAUGAAAAAGUUGCCUUCACGAAUUAGUUGUUAGCUAAUGAGCUGAACUAUGCCCACCACUGGUUAUACAAAAGACUUACCCACCCAAUACUUAAUAUUAUUAGUGAAUCAGAAAAACAACUGAAAGAUUAUGUGUACAUGAGGAUGCCCCUCUUUAGAAGAGUAACAUUUUCCUAAAUUUUAAAGUAUUGAGAAAAAUAACUCCUUGAGGUCUUAAUGGUAUAUAAGCGCUUAGCUGCAACAAAUAAAUGCUCUUCCACGUGUAACAAAUAAUGUGCUCAAAUGUAAACGUGACUCAGCUUGUUAUAUUCUGUAAGUAGGGACUGUUUGUUGUGAAGCAGAGUUGAAUUUGUCCUACAAAUGGGGAAAUGGGAAUUCAGUGUUAGCUUUGUUAUUCAGUUGGUUUGUAUCUUGUACAUUCUCUGUUAACAUUUCUACCUCAUUCUGAAGACACUGUACAUGGAAAUAUUUAUUUCAUGUCCUCUCACUUACUGGUUAAGGAGCAAUGUUCCUAAUUCUUGAACUGUAACAAUCUACCUCGCUGUUGUGUCAUGGAAAUGAAGAUAUACAAAAAAUAGUUCAAUUUGUCUUUCUAUUUGUGAAAUUAAAAAUUAUGCAAUGAU